AUGCGUCGGUCGCCAAGUGUUCGCUCCUAUAGGACAUAUAACGCGUCGUCAGAUGCACUCUCUGAUCUCUAUGCUGAGACCGAAUUCGAAACGGACUAUGCGCCCUCAUCUCCAUCGAAGUCCCCCAGGAAACGACUUGCAGCUAAACAACGUGGCUCACAACAUGCAAAUGUUGCAGACGAAGAUCGUGGUAUCCCGGCAUUCGACGCGUACUUUUCCGCAAACGCCCAACCGUCAAGAACGUCUACAAAUGUCUUCACUCAACUCGUACAACCUCUGACUUCGGACGAGUUUACCGAGGCGUUAUCGGCGCCCUCGGACUAUCUGGCAAAGACUCCGGCUUCGGAGUUGCCUGCAAAGGUGGCGCAAACGAUACCUUCUGAGUACUCGCGAUGGGAACGUGAACUUGACGCUGGCUUCAAUCUACUCUUCUAUGGCAUGGGCUCGAAGAGAGGCGCCUUGAACGACUUCGUCACGCGCAGACUACGGAAGAAAGGCCAUAUCAUCGUACUGAACGCCUUCAACCCCCAUUUCGCGUUGAAGGACAUCUAUCCGGCGCUAGAGCAACUGCUUCCCACCGAGUCCGACGAUGAUGUCUCUGGCACGAUCCUUGAACGUGCGGCUCUUCACUUCGACCAACCAACGGAGACGAAGAAGGGAAAGGGUAAAGCAAAAGCCCAGAAACCACUCUAUCUUGUCAUACACAACUUCGACGCGCCUGCCAUUCGUGGUGGCAAGGCACGCGCGGCUCUGGAUCAACUCAUCUCUGCGCAAAACGUGCGCUGUUUGGCCUCAUUGGACCAUCUCAACGCACCCUUGCUAUUCUCAUCCUCCUCCCUUCUCUCCUCAUCGGCAGCCUCUACUGGUGGUUCGUCAUCCGCCGAGCGAGGUGCAUGGCUUUGGCACGACUUGACCACACUCGCGCCAUACUUCGCCGAACUCGCGUUCGCGGAUCCCGGAUCUCUUCGCGCCGCGCGUACCACGGCAGAUCCCGUACCAGGCGUUGAGGGUCCAGGCGCAGGCCAGGCUCAAAUGACGGAGAGUGCCGCACAACACGUCCUGCUGAGCGUGACGGCGAAAGCAAAGAAAUUAUUCGACAUUGUAGCAGCACACCAACUAGCAGAAGAGGCGGACGAGUCUGCAGAAGGCGAUGCGGCAAAGGCAGGAGAGGAUGGCGACAAGGAGAAGGGUAUCCCGUACGACCGUCUCUUCGCGCUCGCGAGAGACAACUUCGUCGCGACUUCCGACGGCGCUCUUCGCGCGCUGCUUGGAGAGUUCAGGGAUCAUGGGCUAGUGGUUACGGCGAGCACGGGCGCUAUGGGAGCCGGUGAGACGCUCUGGAUUCCCAUGCGGAAGGAGCGCUUGGUCAAGCUCGUUGCUUGGCUGAAGGAAGGAGGAAGUUGA